AUGGAGAAGAAAGAGUUUUGGAUGAACUUGAGAGACGAUGACUUAACCGAAGAAACAAAGACUCUAAUCUCUUCCAUUCCUUCAGAGAAACAUGACUACCUCGGUCGAAACCUCUGCAAAUACCAAGGUUCUUGGUAUUACUUCAACUUUCUCCAAGGUGUCCUCAAUUUCCAGAGAGGUUUUCAGCCCGAAGACACUGAUAUCAUCAUCGCAUCCUUCCCCAAAUGCGGUACCUUAUGGCUCAAGGCACUCACUGUGGCGCUCUUCGAGAGAUCAAUGAACCGUUCUUCUGAUGAUCUUAUGAGCCCACAUCAUCAUCAUCCUCUUUUCUCCAACAAUCCUCAUAACCUCGUACCGGUUCUUGAGAUGAAUCUGUAUCGCAACACCCAAAAACCAGACUUGACCAAGCUCUCAUCGUCGACAUCUCCAAGGUUGUUCUCUACUCACAUGCCCUUCCAUACGCUGCAAGAAGCUCUCAAAGACUCUCCUUGCAAGGUAGUGUACAUUUGCAGGGAUGCUAAGGAUUCUCUGGUGUCACGUUGGCAUAUCAUUUGCAGGUGUCUGAACAAAGAAGAGGACAGAAACAUUCUUGAGUCCAUGUUUGAGUCAUUUUGCAGUGGAGUUUGCUUGUUUGGUCCUUUUUGGGAUCAUAUCCUGAGUUAUUGGAAAGCUAGCUUGGAAAACCCAAAGCAUGUUCUGUUUAUAAGGUACGAUGAAGUGAAAACAGAUCCUCAUGGUCAGCUUAAGAAACUUGCUGAGUUCUUGGGUUGUCCUUUUUCUGAGGAUGAAGAAAAAAAUGGAUCUAUGGAUGAGAUCUUGGAAAUGUGCUCUCUGCCUAACCUGAGCAGUUUAGAGGUCAACCAGACCGGAAAAUCGAUCAAUGGCAUUGAUUACAAGAACCAUUUUCGCAAAGGGAUAGUGGGUGAUUGGAAGAAUCAUCUAACUCCGGAAAUGGGGAUCAAAAUUGACAUGAUAAUGGAGGAGAAACUCAAAGAUUCCGGUUUGAAGUUCUGA